UCACCGUGCACGCGUCCAGUCGGCGGCGUGCUCGGUUCCCGUGACCAUUGUGUCUUCGGACAAAGAAUUAAGGACGACGGCUACCGUACAUCUACCUGAUUUUUUAUGUUCUAAUUCCGAUCAGCUCGUUUUUCAUCCAUUUCAAAUGCGAUGAACAAUACUGUCAAAUCUAUGGAGUAUAGCACAUCUCCACUCAUUCGUAAUGGGAAGCGCGAUCAAAGACGAACGGCACAUGACUGGGAGGAGGAAAAAAAUCGUGCCAAGGAUUUUUUCGACGAUGGGACCAUGUCUUUCUUUUGGUAAUGAGAUAUUCUGUUUUUUCAUAGCCUACUUGUCUUAUAGGAACGCACACACUGGCCUUUGUUUGUUGGGAUUUGCAUCGGUGCUCUUGUAUGUCGCAGUUUUUGAGAAUACCACAUUCAGCUCCGAGUACAAUUUGAAACGGUAGGGAUGCCCUAUUUUGCCCCCUAUGUUCAUACAUUCUUCAGAGGUCUAACAGCCAUGAUACUUGUCUUCGUACUGUUCGGGGUCGUUCACACUCCCGACGGUCCAUUCCGUCGCCCACAUCCUGCAUUCUGGCGUCUGGUUCUGUGUCUCAGUAUUUUAUAUGAGCUGAUCCUGGUAUUCCUACUCUUCCAGAAUGUGGAUGAUGCACGACAGUGGCUUCGGUAUUUGGACCCAAAUUUAGGUAAGCCCUUGUCGGAGCAGGACUAUGGCGGGAAUUGUAUCAUAUAUGAUCGAGCUUAUCCAGAAGACCCGUGGCACAACAUUCGGGAAAAAAUGGAUGUAUUCGUUCUGGUACAUUUUUUCGGUUGGUGGCUUAAGACUUUGAUUGUUCGCGACUACUGGUUGUGCAACGUGCUCAGUUUUGCCUUUGAACUGAUGGAAUACACGUUGGAACAUCAGUUGCCGAAUUUUUCCGAAUGUUGGUGGGACCAUUGGAUCAUGGACUUCCUUGGUUGCAAUAUGAUGGGUAUAUGGCUUGGAAUGAAGACGCUGAAUUACCUCAGUAUUAAGCCCUAUCACUGGCGAGGAAUGUGGAAAAUUUCAGGAUACAAUAAUCUUUCGGCUGUAACACCUUUUCGGAUCAUAGCCGCCGUGCCACCCGAAGGAACUGGGAGGGCUGAUAUACUGCCAAGUUGCUCAAGCCUGGACAGGAGCCGUCGAGAUGCAGAGGUUGAUUCCGAACCACAGACCUUCCAGCCUGGGCAACCUGGCAGUAUCCCAGCCCCCGUGCUUCCUUCAGGUGGCGUGGUGGCUAGGCAUCGGAAGGGUGUUACUGCUGAACGAUUUUUUACGACGCAUGUUUAUCUAAGUCCCCCAGUUCGAUUCUUGUUUGAAUUACGGAAUAAUAGCAAGCUAGUCUGGAAAAGAACGCUCAAUCGAAUUAGCGGAACGUGGUCAAAUGACUUACGGGUCAUCCAUAUAUUGGAAGUAUUCAUAAAUCGCCGUGACGAUGCCACCAGAAGGAAGCACGAGGGCUGGGAUAGUGCCAGUUUGCCCAAAUCUUGUCGGGUUCGAACCACAGACUUUCCAUGGUUAGAGCGCGAAUUUACUGACCGUGGUUCGAAUCCGGCCUCUGCCUCUCGACUUCCCCUGUCUAGGAUUGGGCAACCUGGCAGUAUCCCAGCCCUUGUGCUUCCUUCGGGUGGCAUGGCAGUUAGGCACCGAAAGGGUGCUACAGCUGAACGAUUUUCGAUUUGUCACCUUCUAACUAGGAAUUGCGUUAACGCAUCGAACAUAGCCACAGACGCAGUCUUACAACAAUUUGUUCAAGAUGAACACCAACCACUUGGGUUCUUUUCAUCGAAACUAUCACCUACAGAAUCUCGCCGCAGCACUUUCGGUCGAAAGUUGUUCACUACUUACUCAUCCAUUGGCCUGGUCAAACCCAUUUCUCAACGUUUCACAUGGCCAAAUCGUUAUGCUGUAGCACCUUUUCGGUGCCUAACUGCCAUGCCACCAGAAGGAAGCACGAGGGCUGGGAUGCUGCCAGGUUGCCCAAGCCUGGACAGGGAAGGCCGAGAGGCAGAGGUCGGACCCGAACCACGGAACUUCCGGUCAGUAGAUUCGCGCUCUUACCAGUUGGGCCAUCUCGCCGAAUAUGAACAAAGACAUCCAUUCAUGGGCGAAAACGUUUCUCAAACGUCAACAUUUAGAGGUCAUCCGCCAUAUACACUCAUCCGUCAGUACCUUUCCCACCCCCGAUCAUCGCAGGUUCAAAUCACUUGCUAUUUCAUCAACAUCUACUUUUCGUUUUUGCUGAUAACCAGCAAAAAGCGGCAUAGUUGUUUCAUUCUGGUUUUGUUAGAUUAG